AUGUGGGGUGCCCGCCGACGACCCGUCGCGCUCGGCCCCGUCGGCGCUGCCGAGGACCACUUCACGGGCGGGGGCUGCACGAGCCUGGGCCUGGUGGGCGGCGGCGGCGGCGGCCUGACACGACCAAGACCCUCCUGCCGGGGUGCUGCUCCAACUCCACCUCGAGCGGGGAGCUGCGGGGAAGCACCUUGGCCGGGUCCUCCACGCUGUCGUCCAAGUCGCACACGGACGGCGCGCCGGCUCCCGUCGACGCGGGGGACGAGGACCGGCCCCGUGCUCGGCUCCGCGGUGUUCCCCAGCCGCGGCUCGGCGCUGCACCAGUGGGGCGUCUGCAAGCCGUGCGCCUUCGUUUUCCAGGCCGGCUGCAACACUGGCGUGGACUGCCAGUUUUGCCACCUGUGCGAGCCUGGCGAGAGGAAGCGCCGGAAAAAGGAGCGGGUCGCCAAGAGGCGGGUGGCGCACGCAACGGCCGACAGGGACGCGGAGAUCUCCGAGGCGGGGACUGGCGAGCUACCUGGACGCCUCUGA